AUGGAAAGUCGGUGCUACAGCCGGAGUUUUCGUGGCAUGGGCGGUCUCCUAGUUGGCUGCCGUGACCUGGGGGAGGCACUGCGCCGCGUCUGCGAGGGCGCCACCAUGAUCCGCACGAAGGGGGAGGCUGGCACCGGCAACGUCGUCGAGGUCGUGCGCCACGUCCGCUCCGUCAUGUGGGACAUCCGCGUGCUGCGCAACAUGGACGGCGACGAGGUCUUCGCCUACGCCAAGUGCAUCGCCAUGCCCUAUGACCUCGUCAUGCAGACUACAAAGCAGCUGGGCCGCCUCCCCGUCGUCCAGUUUGCCACCGGGGGAGUAGCCACCCCCGCUGACGCCGCGCUCAUGAUGCAGCUCGGCUGCGACGGCGUCUCCGUCGGCUCCGGCAUCUUCAAGAGCGGCGACCCGGCGCGGCGGGCGCGUGCCAUCGUGCCGGCCGUCACACACUACAGCGACCCGGAGAUCCUCGCCGACGUCAGCUCAGGCCUCAGGGAGGCCAUGGUCGGGAUCAACCUCUCUGCCCCAAAGGUCGAGCGCUACGCCGCGCGCUCCGAGUAG